CUGAGGAUCUGCAACAGGUCGUUGGCGCUCGAGGUAUAGAGAUAUCAAGGAAAUAUCGACAGAGAAGAGACCACUAAUAUACUUUAUCUAGUAGAGCUUUCCCCCUUUUUUAAAGUCUGUCUUAAAACUAGUUUUGAAAGAGUUUAAACUUCUAUAAUGUCACUCUCUUCCCUCCUCUUUCGAUGCUAUGACGCUGCUUAUAUAGGACUAGGUAGUGUGUAUUUCUGCUCUCGUGCACUGUAAGGUGUCAAUGUUGCUCUGCACACGGAGGUUUCCAGGAUGACCCGGCGGAUGUGUUAGGACAAUAUCUGGGCAGAAGAAGAGCAGAUCGGUGGGAUGAAGGAUCGACUCGCUGAAUUAGCUGCUAGUAGCACACAAGCAGAGGAGGAUGUUGCGGUGGCAGUGGACAGAGAUUGCUUCAUGGAGAGCUUUUUCAGAAGGGUGGAAGAAGUCAGAGGACUCAUUGAUAAGAUCUCCUACCAAGUGGAGGAGGUGAAGAAGAUGCACAGCAUGAUCCUGUCUGCACCCAACCCAGAUGACAGAACAAAAGACCAGCUGGUUUCACUGACCAACGAUAUCAAAGGAAACGCCAACGUGGUGCGGACAAAACUGAAAUCCAUGGAGCAAAGUAUGCCUAAAGAUGAUGUAGCUAACAGAGCCUCUGUGGACUUCAGGAUCCAGAAAACACAGCACACAGUGCUGUCCAGGAAGUUUGUGGAGGUCAUGACCCAGUACAACGAGACUCAAGUGUCCUUUCGGGAGAGAAGCAAAGGAAGGAUCCAAAGACAGCUGGAGAUAACUGGAAGAGUAACCACAAAUGAGGAACUAGAAGACAUGUUAGAAAGUGGAAAUCCAUCUAUCUUCACUUCUGAUAUCAUUUCUGAUUCCCAGAUCACCCGUCAGGCCCUGAAUGAGAUCGAGUCCCGACAUCAGGACAUCAUGCGUUUGGAGUCAAGUAUCAGGGAGCUCCAUGCAAUGUUCAUGGACAUGGCAAUGCUGGUAGAAACUCAGGGAGAAAUGGUAAACAACAUUGAGAACAACGUCUCCAAUGCGGCUGAGUAUAUCUGUAGUGCAAAAGAAGAGACCAAAAAAGCAGUGAGAUACCAGAAAAAAUCCCGGAGGAAAUACAUUAUCCUUGCCUUUGCUCUGUUGAUCCUUCUUGCUGUCAUUGCACUAAUUGUUGGCCUGUCUGUUGGACUAACCAAACCUCCCGUAUAAGAACCACUGCAUGAGGUAACACUUCAUCCAAAGCUUCCAACUCCUCAGACACAUAAUUCAUCAUGUCAUCUGCUGAAUAAAUGAUUCUCACCUGUUAAAUGGUUUAAAGGAUUUGUCAUGCUCUUUUAUUCUCUUUUUGACAGAAACUUCUCCGCCUUGCAAUGUGUGGAGCUGCAGGUCUCCUCCUUUUACUCAUCAUAAUAGUUGGAACCUUUGAGUGAGUGAUGGAUUACAUGGUUCAUAACCUCACUGCAGCCAGCUGUCAGUCAGCUCCUGAGCCUGAUGGAGCCUUAAACAGCCCCAUAAUAAGAUAAAAGUCAUAAUAAGUCAUUCACUAUUUAACAGCAUUCCAGAGAAGGAUGUCACAAACACUGGAGGAGGUUAAGUGUGUGUGAUCUACCCUGCACUGCUAACAUCAUACCUCAUGAGACAUUGAUGUAUGUUUUACAUAGAGGAAUAGAGGCUUUGUUAGAUGACAAACCUUUGCCUUUGUGAUGAUACAAUAUACAGUGAUAGAGAAUUAAAUUUAUACACUGAUGAACAGUGUGUACUGCUGCCACUUUCUCAUGAAGGUUGGAAAAACUGUAAAGUUUGUGUCAUUUUCACACAUUUCUUGAUCUAAUGAUAAAAACAUAUCUUUACAUUUUGGAUAUUUGCAUAUUUAACCCCAUGCCAAAAGUUACAUGAAACAUUGAUUGCACUUUCAUGUCUGUACAAUAAAGAUGGGGCCAUAACCAUUAAUGUGGUAGCUUAGCUUAGCUUACUUAGCUAAAUUUAGCCUAGUUUGGCUUAGCAUAGAGACUGAAAACAGAUAAAAACCUAGCCUGGCUCCUUCCAGAAGUAGCAAGGAAUAGAUGGAAGGUUUUAGGGAUUUAACUAUACAUCCUUAUACACUUAAAAAUAAACCCAAAUGUGGACAAUUUAAAUACAUUAGACAUAAGUAUAUAUUAUAAUGCUCUUUUUAACCAGCAGAGGACACUGUUUUCCUUUGGCUUCUCUUGUAUGAUAGUAGUUGAAGCAAUAGAGCUUCUGGAGAGCUUCAAGGAUUAUAUGCUUUGGUAGGCCAACCUUGAAUUAGUAUCGCACGGGUUUCUUUGACAAAAAACCUAUGAGUUUUCAAAAUAUUGCUGAAAAUAAGAUUUGUGGCAAGAAAAAAUGGUUAUGACAGUUGAGGCCAGCUCAGACUACACAAAUUCAGCCAGACUUUGGCCCAACUACAAUGGAGCAGCUCAGCGUCAAAUGUUGGGCCCGAUUUUGAACAUCUGGAACAACAAAUGCUCUUGCAUUGUGACUAAAUAACGACUCGUCCAAGAUCCCCCACAAAUCAACAAGACUAGCAUGUAAGAAUUUUUCUUGAUAAUUGCCCAGUUUAACAGCCUCCCCCCACAUCAACUUCUCGAUUCCUGACACCUACCGAUAGGUGAGCAUUCGCUCUUAUCUUUGUAUCAUUAUUUACCAGAUUGACAUUAUAUAACCCCACUUAAUCUUCCCCGGAUUUUUGUGUAAACACAGUGAUUUCCUUUGUUAUCACAUUCAUACCUAAAGUUCUGUUUAAAGGAGAGCCGGUCCAUAUUGUCCACCACCUCUUGAUAGUACAUUAGGAAGAGUCUAUAAUUGUUAUCCAUAAUCCAUAAUUGCCCUCCACCCCCCAGUGUAAAUGUUUGGCAAUGACAUUUAAUAUCCCUGGAAAACUCUAUAGUCCUAGUUAGCCAAUUGUUAGCAACUUUCCAUACUGAGACAUGACAAAGUUCACAAGUGGGGCACUUCCUGGUAUAUUUGUGUUUAAUUUUAACAUUUUAAAACAUCUUGAAAUGUUCUUUAGCUAGUGUUGAAAUGCAAAAAAUUUCUGGGUUUUAGGAAUCACUCACUCUAUUAGCGUCACUUGAUAUAGGAAAAGACAUGCAUUUUUAUUAGUAACCCCAUAAUCCCACAAAUAAAAUAAUUAUUCAUAGAUAAAGAAACAGGAAAUCUCCUAGCAAAGCAUAGCCACUUCCUGAAGUCUUAUAGAUCUGAUGGUGGCUGAAAAAAAGUACAAAGUAAAUUUAGUAGAAACCAGCUUGUUGUUCCCUUGUAAAACCAUAGUGUGCCUUUUUUACCCAGCUGUUUGUGUGUAUGAAACGGGACCAAGUUUCUUAUCCAAAUUUUUGUCAAGGGCAACAAAGAGACCUCUGUAGAACUGAGCAAGCCUUUUGGGGCAGAAGCAAAACGUCUUCUAAACCUCAGUCAGGUCCAGUUGACCUGCCUCUUGACGAAGAUUUGGAUCACCAUAACCAGGAUGAAUGAGAAACUACACAGACAGCUAAUUUUGUUAGUUUUACACUCAGCUAGGCUAUCUAAUUUAUUUGCCUUUGUGUCUGGUCCCUAUGCUAAGCUAGACUACCUGAGGGAUGAGAGAGGUCACUUCCUCUCAUCUUACUCUUAAAAAAGUUUGAGGGUUUUUGUCCCAAAAUGGUGAAAUAUUUCCUCAAUAUUCAAAAUACAUUGUGCAAUUUCUAAUGACUUUAAAAAUGUAUUGUAAAAUGUGUUUACAUGUUCAGGUGUAUGCUCCUUCUGUUCUCGUGUCAUGCUGUAUAGUUAAUGUUGCUCAUGUGUAUUGAAUGUAAAAGUAAAUGUAAAAGCUCAGGAGACAUUUAAAAGUAGUAUAGAUGUAUUUAAAAGUUAGGUUAAGAUACCCCAACUGGAAAAGAAUCUGCUUUAUUCAAAGAAAUUCAUCAUUUUAUUGAAAAGCUCUUACUCAUUUACCUUACUCAAUGGCCUCCUUGGCAUUUAAUCUGUUAUUUAUUAAACUGUAUUUAUCACAGCCACAGUGUGUGAUGACUGAAACAUUUGUUGUGAUGAAGUCGUGCUGCAGCCGAGGACUGUUGAGCAACAUUAUUUCAAGAACACACUUUUUAAAAAUUAAUUUUAACAGUUCAAUUUUAUUGUAAGUUAUUUCUUGUAUUUUAUAUUGAAAUAGA